AUGGUGGUUUUGGAGCUCUACAAUCAAAUUGCUUUUUUGACACUCAUUACUGGUGCAACAGAUGGAAUUGGCAAGGCUUAUGCUUUUGAGUUGGCUAAGAAGGGCUUCAACAUCUUCCUUGUUUCAAGAACACAAUCAAAACUUGAUGAAGUACAGAAGGAAAUUCGAGAAAAAUACAGCAAGGUGUUUCCUCUUGAUAAACUUACGCAUUUGAGCGCUCUUCAAGCAACUCGUUCAGAAGCUUAUAAGCCGCUGCGUGAAGCACUGAAUGGUGUUGAAGUGGGAGUUCUCAUUAACAAUGUUGGGAUGAGUUACGAGUACCCUGAGGUGAGCGAAAGUGCUUAG